AUGUCUUACGAUCGAGUUCUCCCCAAGCCUGUUGCUCUGCAUUAUGAUUCACCCCAAGUCUCUCUAUCACGGCCAACCAGCAAUCUACUCGAACACAAGAUCAUGAACGACGAUAUUGUCAUGGCCGAGCAUCGGCCGGAGCCUGUUCCUACUCCCUCUUAUCGUUACUCAGAGAAUCUGCCCAAGGUCAACCUGCUGUCGCUCCAUCGGUCCAGAGUUGGCGGGAACCAGGCGCCUCCUUCGCUCCCAGCUCCCCUCAAAGCUCCCAGACCAACCGCUGCUCUGACAUCCAAGUCCAUCCCAUAUCGAGACCAGUCUUCAGUGUCCGAGCGUUCAUCGUCGUCCAGCCCAGUGAAGUCGGCAGCUCCCACCGGCUCUGUAGACGCAGCCACCCAGUUCUGUCUAUGUCAACCGGACCCAAAGAUUCCUCGACCACGUAAUGCUUUCAUUCUCUACCGCCAGCAUUAUCAGGCAGCGGUGGUAGCCCAGAACCCAGGUUUGGCUAACCCGGAGAUCUCCAAGAUCAUUGGGGAGCAAUGGAGAAAGCUCCCGCAGGCAACCAAGGAUGAAUGGAAGAACCUUGCAGAGGAAGAAAAAGCAAGGCAUCAACAACAGUACCCCGAGUACCGGUAUCAGCCCCGCCGUUAUGGUCGCGAUGGGAGUUCGAGAACCCUAAGCUCAGGAAUCAGUCAUAACCCGCCGGGUUCAACCAUCUGCAACCGAUGUGGCGGCCGUAUCAUGAAUCCACCCACAUCCCCAGGCACUACGUUUAGCGGCUCGAUGUCGAGUGGGAGACAUUCAGAUGCGUCAUUGCCGAGAGGUUACAGUUCUGACCAAGGUCAAAGGCCAAUGAAGCCUGGAAGCCAUGGAGAACCGCGAUCCUCUCGGCAGCGUCAGUGGGAUGAGAACGGACCCCAAUCGCCUGACUCGAAACGACGACGAACCAACCCUCAUCUGCCAUACAGAACAGAAUACCAUCGUGAUAGGAGUCCCACGGGCACCCCUUACUCCAUACCGUCACACGCAUCCAGGUCAGACAGUAUAAACGCACGAGGGUUUGCCCAGACAAUGCAAGCACAACGGGGACUUCGUCCAGUGAAAGAACAUCCAGGCCCGGACCCCAGCCUAAAGCUUCCGCCUUUGCAAACUUCAGCCUCUGUGGCAGAGUCCAUCACACCUGUCUCUGCUUACCCGCAGGAAGGUAUGAGUGCAGAGGCGGCGAUAAAGAGCAUCCCCUUCCUGAGUAGGAUCAAGCUUCUGGCUAAGAUAGCACCACCUUUACCUUUUACUUUCCGUGAAGGGGACUCGAGACGCCGGGGCCCUGUGAUCGCAGUUGAUGGGCAAGACGCAACAUUGGUGAAGACUAUAACGGAAUAUCUAAGCCACGCUUUGAGUAAAGAAGGGAAGUUCUACACCCGCAUUUUUGAAGGCCCCAAUAGUCAACCUGUCCGAGAAAACAGCGCAGAACCGGAGGAGAUGAACGAAGGUGCCGUCGAGUAUAUCAAACUCAUCUCGGCAUGGCAUCACAUAUCGGACGAAGUAAAAAGCUUCGUCAAGUCGGAAGCUCCGCGUCGGUCAUCGGAACCAAACUCGGGGACUAGCCAGAAAGGCUCCCCAGGCGUCUCGCCCCGAACUAUCAUUCACAAAACGACGGAUAUGCACAUCAGCUCGCCGCCAGCUUCAAGCGAGACUGGAUCGGAGGCCGCAUCAUCGCCUACGGAGACCAGUGGCGCCGGUCCAUUGCCUGUGGCGCUCAUUCCACAAUACCAGCUCACGACCGCGGACGCUUAUGCCUGUAUAGUCCCAAUCGGUGAUGAGUUCAAGCCUUUGGAUCACUGGCAGUGGAUGGCAUCUCUUUGGCGUGCCAACGUUGGACCUGACAUCACGGUUUACGUACGAGAGUGUGAUGCACAAGAGAUGAGGCAGGUUGGCGGAAACCCUGUGGAGAUCCGUCUGCAGGACUCGAGAACGGUCAUAAUCCGGAGACUCGUUAAUGGUCCUAAGGAACUGGAAGAGAAGCUUCUAAGGCGUGUGGGAUUCGAGAUUGAGGACUAUCUUACUCAAUAGGUUACUCUUCUUUAAGGCUUUUUGCUUUGGCAUUGUUUCGUGUUUCCGGUACCAUUUGGCAAGUUGGGGCUUUUGAAGGGUAGGGUUAUUUAUCUGAACUUAUAGUUUCAUUUGGCGGACUGGAGGUUUUCUGGAUAUUUUGCAUACUGAGGAUCAUUUGAAAAUCUUCACCCUUUUGAGGCGCCAAGUUAGUCCUAUGUUAUCGGUUAUUAUAAUGAUGUUUGCCAACAGACAGUAGUCAUUGAAGUUGCCACCAGCUAGUAACUUUUUUACUUGUCCUUCAAAUUCUUCUGGCGCUGACAGAUGCCUGAGGCGAAACUCCCACAGCCAAUGGGACCCAACUAGGG